CCCCACAUCACGGAUGCCAUCCAGGAGUGGGUGAUGAAGCAGGCCAAGAUCUCAGUCGAUGAUGACGGAGUGGAGCCACAAGUUUGUGUCAUUGAGCUGGGAGGCACGGUGGGGGACAUCGAGAGUAUGCCCUUCAUCGAGGCCUUCAGACAGUUCCAGUUCAAAGUGAAGAGGGAGAACUUCUGCAACAUCCACGUCAGCUUGAUACCACAGCCCAAUACCACAGGAGAGCAGAAAACCAAACCGACCCAGAACAGUGUCCGAGAGCUCAGAGGCCUGGGCUUGUCUCCAGAUUUAAUUAUGUGCCGCUGUUCAACACCCCUAGAAACGUCUGUCAAGGAGAAGAUCUCCAUGUUCUGUCAUGUGGAGCCCUCGCAGGUGAUCUGUGUCCAUGACGUCUCCUCGCUCUACAAAGUGCCGCUGCUGCUGGAGGACCAAGGAGUGGUGAGCUACUUCUGUCAGAGGCUGAGUCUCCCCAUCGAGAUGAGGCCCAGGAAGAUGCUCACAAAGUGGAAGGAGAUGGCUGACAGAACUGCCCGUCUCCUGGAGCCAGUCUCCAUAGCUCUGGUGGGGAAAUACACUAAAUUAGCUGACUCCUACACGUCCGUUAUCAAGGCCUUGGAGCACUCUGCCCUCGCUGUGAAUCACAAACUAGAAGUCAAGUACAUAGACUCUGCUGACCUGGAGGCUGCCACUCAGCAAGAUGAGCCUGUGAAAUAUCAUGAAGCCUGGCAGAAACUCUGCAGCUCUCAGUGA